AUGGUUUAUGCUGAGGAAUUAGCCGUUACAGGAUCCUUCGCGUACUGGCAGCUCUCGUUUACUUUCCGCGGGGAAGAGCUGUUGCCCGUGUUCAGUGGCAGCAAGAAUCUACAAGCCGCCAUUGGAGCCUACUAUGAUUUUGAGAGUCCAAAUAUCAACGUACCCUCCAUGUCCUUUGUUGAAGAUGUCACCAUAGGCGAAGGAGAGUCCAUCCCUCCUGAUACCCAGUUUACAAAAACAUGGAGGAUACAAAACACAGGGACAGAGGCGUGGCCCCCGGGAGUUUGUCUGAAGUAUGUCGGGGGAGACCAAUUUGGCCACGUAAACAUGGUGAUGGUCAGGUCCCUGGAGCCCCAGGAGAUUGCAGACGUCAGCGUUCAGAUGUGCAUAAUGUAGCAGGGACAGUGGCGAAUGUGCACCGCCACGGGACUCUAUUACGGAG